AAAUCAAGAAUUAUUCAUUAAUAUAAUCUAACACCCAGUCCAUAUUUAUUUUCUUCCCAAUGAUCUCAACAAUGUCUUUUUACUGUUGAUUUGAUUGAAUCAGGAUUCCCCAAAAGUUCAUGUUACAAAUGACUGUAAGAGCUCUCAGGUAUUUUUACACCAACCUGCUGUUCUGUUUUCAGUGGAAAUGCUAGAAAAAUGAGGAAGUUCUUACUUCCUGAAAGUCUCCCACCUCAUUUCCCUGAACCCUUUUCAAACAAAACAAAAACUAGCAUCUCCUUUUUUGGGUGUUUUUAAAUGACAAAAAGAAUUCACCCCUCACAGCAGCUUUGAAAUAAAUGGGUUCCUCAAACAACUUUCCAACUCCAACCAUCACCCAAGUGGAGAAGAAAGGCAGGCCAUGCUUUAGUUCUGGUUUUGGAGGGUAAAAAUUUCCGAGGAACUUUGCUCUUUGCAGACAGACUUUUUUAUGCCCUCCCACCUGCUUUUCGAAAUCCACCAACCACAAAGUUUACUCCAUCCACUUUUUUCUCUCUCCCUUCCACACUCCCUCUCUCUUUUUAGCAGCAACAUACAAGCCGGCCAUAUUAGAGAGAUGGAAAUAAAGCUUCCUUAAUGUUGUAUGUGUCUUUGAAGUACAUCUGUGCAUUUUUCUUUUAGCAUCUAACCAUUCCUCCCCUGUAGCCCUCGGCCCCUCAAAUCACCCUCUCCCUAUCCCACCCGACUAACAUCUCAGUCUCUGAAAAUGCACAAAGAUGCCUGGCUACCUCGCCCUGCCUUCAGUCUCACGGGGCUCAGUCUCUUUUUCUCUUUGGUGCCACCAGGGAGGAGCAUGGAAGUCACAGUACCUACCACCCUCAACGUCCUCAAUGGCUCUGAUGCCCGCCUGUCCUGCACCUUCAACUCCUGCUACACCGUGAACCACAAACAGUUCUCCCUGAACUGGACUUACCAGGAGUGUAGUAACUGCUCCGAGGAGAUGUUUCUCCAGUUCCGCAUGAAGAUCAUUAACCUGAAGCUGGAGCGGUUCCGAGACCGCGUGGAGUUCUCAGGGAACCCCAGCAAGUAUGACGUGUCAGUCACGCUGAGAAACGUGCAGCUGGAGGAUGAGGGCACCUACAACUGCUACAUCAUGAACCCACCCGACCGCCACCGCGGCCACGGCAAGAUCUACCUGCAAGUCCUGAUGGAAGAGCCCCCUGAGCGGGAUUCCACUGUGGCCGUGAUCGUGGGCGCCUCCGUCGGGGGCUUUCUGGCUGUGGUCAUCUUGGUGCUGAUGGUAGUAAAGUGUGUGAGGAGGAAAAAAGAGCAGAAACUGAGCACGGAUGACCUGAAGACGGAGGAGGAGGGCAAGACGGAUGGAGAGGGCAACGCGGACAAUGGCACCAAGUAACGGGCGGGCGGCCGGCCCUGCAGCCCCUCCCUUGCGUCCUGUCUCCCUCCCACUCUCCGCCCCGCACUGUGUGCCCCCGCCUGCCCUCUCUUGGUGUGCUUCUCUCGAACCAGGAUCCCAGGGCUGACCUGGGGCCUCCUGAACCCCUCCCUUCGUAUCCGCCACCCUGCACCAAGAGAGACUCACCUCUCUUUGAUUCGAGAAACCUGCCCUGGCGUCUGGGAUGUGUGGGCCCUGGGGGGGAGGGAGAAGCGGGCUCAAAACUGCCAGCCUCUGAGAAGAGGCAGGAGGCCUGUGGGAGGGGCGCAGAGAGAGAAGGGGGAGGGUGGGCAGUGGAGGAGGAGGAGGCCAGCUGUCCAGUCUGCCCAGUGCGUGGACUGGUCUGGUGGCCGCUUCAGAGGGGACCUGCAGGUGGGACGGGGCUCUGCUGGCUGCCUCUAGAAGGCCUGGGGUGUGGCAUGCCUCUGCUCCCAGAGCUGCCCCUAGCCCUGGGCAGCCUUGUCACGGGGGUGGUGAUGGGUUCCUAUAACUUGGGGGUGUGUUGAAGGGAUGACCGUGCGUUUCCUGGGCCUUGAAGGGAAGGAAGCUGGAGGCAGCUGGAGACAAGCCUUGGCCCAGGGAGCUCUGCUCUCACCUUUCUCCUUCGAUAGCUGCUACCACAGAAGCCUCUGGGUUUCUGUGGGCUUGCUUAAGCCCUUGGGAUUUUUGGUAGGAAAAGUACCAAAGGGCUGCUGAGCUAGGCCGUGGGGGGCGGGGAGUCGUGUUUCUCCAGGUGCUGGUCAUUUUUCACCGCAGUUACCCACUCACAGGAGGCAACUGCAAAGUUAGCUGAGGGACGAGGGGCUGGGGGCUCCUUUGUAAAAUGGAGUUCAAGGUUGACUGCCUCCUCCCCCAGGGUGGCCACCAUCACCUGGGCCAGGAGCAGCUGAGGUGCGGAGACAAGGAGAGAGGGGGUGGGAGCCACGUCAGAGGAGUAGGUGUGCAGAGCGGGGGCCUCGCUGGGGCUUCUGUUCAGACUUCCCCCGUUACCCUCAGCAGGGUUUCAUCUGGCUUUUGGCCCUGAGGGAAGCCUGAGGGGAGCCCGGUAGCCUCUGAGACCCUGUGGCCAUGUCACAUCUGGAGCCAUGUCACACCCUCCCCUGCCCCGACAGUUCUCUCUGGGGGGACGGAAAGUAGCAUUUGUGGGGAGCCAACUUUCACUGCCAUUUUACUCACAUGAAGAGGGAAUCGCUCAAGCCUCAGGAGCGGGAGAGAGACAGAGAGAAACUGCCUUGGAAGAUCCUCAGAGAUCAGCUAGCCAAGUCACCCAUACUACAGACCGGGAGACUGAGGUUCAAACUCACAACCGAGGGGCCUGCUUCUCCUCUGGUUCCUCAGUCUCCAGGUUGGAUGAAUAAAGCCACGCUUUGCCCAGUGGGAGGGGCCUCUGCAGACAGAGAGAUGAAGGAGAUGAGGGGAGGGAGGUGAGCUCCUCCAGCCCUGCUCAACUCCCUGGAGCCCAGCCCCUCCAGGCUGUGACUGAGGCAGGGAUGGGGUGAUGGGAGUGGGAGGGCAGAGCUGCUGGAAUGCCCCACGCCCACCCCAGGCUGACCCUCUGCAGCACUUCCCAGCCUUUCUCAGAGCUCAGGCCCUGCCUGGGCUCAGGGGAUCAGAGCCCAGGGCAGGAGUCUGGGGAAAGGGGGUAGAGAUGGGACUCUGACAGCUUCUGGGACCCCUCUCUGCCUCUGCCCAGCCGAUGGCCUUUUUGGGGAGAGAGUAAUAGUAUAUGGGCGAUUCAGUUUAAUUCACUUCAAUUCAACAUCCAUUUAUUGAGCAUCUCCUAUGUGCCAGGCACUGGACCAGGUACUGGAGAUGCACACAAAGCCAUAACAGAGCUGGGAACUGCUAGGUCAGCACUGUGGGGACCAAGAUGAAUUUUUUUUUGGUGCAUCUAAUUCCACCUCUGCAGCCACUGCUUCCAGGACUGGAGUAGGAGAAAAAGGAAGAGAUUCCAGAAUCUGGGCCCUGGGAAGGGGGCAAAGGAAGGAAAGAGGGAAGAUGCAAUAAGGAAGAGGGUGAGAGGCCAGACAGAGUGGAGGGUGGGCAACCAGCCUGAGAGCUCCUGGGUGGGAUGAGUCCAGCUCACCUGGAAAUUCUAGCUCAUCAGUACCUAACUGCCAAUCAACACACUGCCAAUGGGGGUGGGCUAAGCCCCCAGGAUGCCUGGGGUAGGUGGACAUUGCCCAUCCUUGGAGCCAACCAGCUGAGAGGGGAGAGAUGGGUAGUGGGCACCCUCGUUCCAGCUGAGACCAAGGGUGGUUGUAAUAACAUGUCUGCAGCUUGCAGAUUUCACUUUUUGGCAACUUCUUAAGUGCUCUCCUCUUCCGGGAUGAGUGAGGAUCUGUGUGGAUGCUGGGAACUUUUCUUUUUCCAGGACUCAUAACAUUUAGGGAAAUUGUUUGCAAGAUUCCCUAGGUUUAUUCUAAGAAGUCCUAACUCUCUAUUAAGAAGCCCAAGACUUCUGGGUUCCUUCCUUUCUCUGCCCUGCCCUAGAGGGUCCUAGGGAGAGCAGUGCCUGUCCAGGGGCCUCAGGCGCCCAAGCAGAUGGGGAUGGGCCAGGAACCACCUUUGUCUCAGGUACCCAUCCUCAUAUGCACUUUCUCCCCAAGCCUCUUAGAGUCUCUUCCAGAGGCCUCAUAGAGCUGCCUCCCCCAGGGCAAUGAGGCUGGGAACAAAAUGGAGCUUCUGUGCGUAGAGGUGGGAGACUGGUGAGAUGUUUCCACAGCACCCUGCUUUCUAGUGUAUACCUCUUCCUGCACCGUGGGGCUCAAGCCCUACUUCUGGCCGCAUGUUCCCAUCACUGCGCUCUGCUGGGUUCAGUCUGCUGGUUUUCUCAACUGCCUCUGCCUCUCCUGCUCUCUUGGAACCCCGUAUCUGUCCCUUUCUCCUCAUUAAGGGCCCCUGGAAAGAGAGAUGGGCUCGCCAACCCAUGGGAUUUAGCUUGUAGGAACAAAGCACACUUUUUCAGGACUGAAAUGCCUUGAGGUGCCUUGGAACUGGCUUUGGAAAUAGAUAUCUGCCCCCUAGCUCUGGACUAAUCACAGUUAUUCCCAAUUUAUAAAAAGGAAAAGCUGGACCCAUAUUUCUCCCUGUGAGUCUCCUUGGUGAGGUUGGGCUGGUAAGUAUUUGCAAGGUCAGGUUAAGCAGAUGGACAAUUGAAAAUGCUGGCCAGGUCCAAAAGACAGUCCCAGGCCAUAGGAAUGGCUUGGUGCAAUUGGAACGGGCGAUGAAUGGAGAAAUUUUUCUUCCUACAUACGUCUUAAGGAUAGAAAGCCUGUGUCUCUUGCUGUGCCUCUUGCUGAUGUCUUCCUUUAUUGAAGCUUGCUGAUGCGUUUGUACAUAGUCUAUAUAUAGGUAGAGAUAUAUGAUAUAUACAAAUAUAAAACAUCUCACUACAUCUACCCCAAAAGUUACGUUGAGGGGGCAACAAUUAUUUCUCAGUGUUUUGAGUUGAUUCACCAAAGGCAAAUUAUGGAACGUUCUUAUUGCUCUUUGUGCACUUGGAGGGGAAAACACAACUACUUAUGCACUUUCUAGGAUUUAUGUGCUAUGUGGUAAUGGAAGAGGUGGUGGAGAGAGAAACUGAAAUGGUCCUCUGUGACCCAACUGCUGUGAUGUGUCUGCUUUGGGGAGCAGACCGUUUCUGUUGCAGUUUGUCUCGUUGCUUGGAUUUAUUGGCUGCAAUAAACAGAUGGUCUCCCCUGAA